GUUGUUCUUUCUACUGACUGUGCAGUUUUCUUCGUCAACCAAUAAACUUAUACUACGGACAACGUUGAUCUAUAAAUAUUUUAUCGAUUAACAUUGAUCAAUCAAUUCAUAAAUUUUUUUACAUUAUUAAUCCUGACAUUAAUAAACCUGGUAAUUCUCUAAACUACAAGAAUUCAAGACAAUGGGAACCCCACGAUAUUCUUGCACCGAAUGCUCAGGAAAGAUCCAGCAACUUGAAUCAGAUUUAAUGGCAGCUAAUUAUCGAAUACAGCUAAUGGAACAUCGUUAUAAUCAGAUUACGAACUUGGUUAGUAGGUUAUGGAGUGGCGAUGCUGAAGCAGCAAUUUAUUUGUUCAAUCUUGAUCCAAGUUUUGCCGCGAGAUCGGGAACACAGCGAAAUGACGACAACUCAGACACAAAUUCACAAAGGUCACCACGUGAACCCUCUCAAUUCGAAGUGGCCGUGCUACCAACGCAGUUCAGUUUAUACCACCCUGUAUCUCCUACUAAUGCGUCACCGAGAAAUUACAUGGCAGGCACAUCGCCGAGAGAUUUACAAACUGAUCCUGACGUGCGCGGAAUGUAUACUGGACCGCCUGCUCCUGAUCAGCUUCAGGGCGCUCGGAAUCAUUUGGUGCGCUCAAAAAUCAGUAGCCAAAGUAUGAGUAAUGUAUCCUGUUCAUCGAAAACGGCGAAAUUCCGGAAUGCUAGCGGAAAUUCCGUGACAUCCUUCAAGAAAAUUCCGUCGCGAGUAUUAAAAAACCCGGAGGCGUAUACGUCACUUCCGGUGGUCAACCUGACCUUUGGAGAUCCUGUCCCUAAUUUCAAUCAAUGGUUUUUUUCAGUGUCUUUGGCAGCAAAUGCGGCGUCUCACCGUGGACCGCGGGCGCUUCCCGCAUCACCAUUCGAACGGCUUCCAGGGGAAAUGCAUAGAAGUAUGCAUUGUUCUAUGCCUUCCGCUGCAGCUCUGCGUGGUGACCUAUCUUAUGGCAGUGGUGCUUAUGGUACUAUCAGUUCAUGGGCAUCGCCAGAAUUAUUUGUGAAAAAUCUCACUAAAACCGGACCGGAAGUGGAGUAUUCGCCGUUGCGCGACUACAGUAUGUCGCAGAUCAUGUUGGCAAACACCGAUGCUGAAAUACAGCACAUCCAAGACAGGAGCGGUCACGAUGCGCUAAGAUUUCCUUAUUAAAUUAAGCUCGACUUUAUUACUCCGCGUAUUGACAAUAAAUAGGUGAUUGAUUAAGCAUGAGACAUGAAUACCACUACUGUGGUAUAAGUUGGUCAACAAAACGAUUUUUUACUGAUGAUAUAAUAUUACAAUAAUUAUAAUAUAAUACAGAAUUGAAAUUUUUGAUUUGAAACGAAAAUACAGUGGCAUGAGUCGCCGGCGUUUCUCAACAGUUGUUAUUAAAUUUUUAUCUCACUGGCGUGUGAAACAUCUAGAAUGUCAUACAAAGUGGCAUUAUCUGAUUUGCGGAAGAGUUGGGAUCGCGAAGAAAUUGGAUGAUCUUUUAGCGUUGCCUGCGUAGAACCGAAA